AAUUUUAUUUUGGCCAAUAUCUCAAACGCGUAUUGGGCUUUGCGAAACAUGGACUACAAAGCGGGCCUUUUGGUGUUCAUUACCCUUCUGAUUGGAAGCUUGGCCCUUCCAACGCCCGAGGAUGCUUUCUUCGAAGUAGAUGAUGACAUUUCUAUCUUCUUCGACCAAACCGACGUCAACGCUCGUAUCGUCGGUGGUUCUCCGGCGGCAAUCGGCGGCCAUCCUCACAUGGUGGCAAUGACAUCUGGAGCUGUUGUGAGGAGUUUCCACUGUGGAGCAUCGCUCAUCAGCCAACGCACUGUCCUAACUGCUGCUCACUGCAUUGAUGCUGUUUUUAGAGACGGCGCCCUUGUAAGCACAUUCCGUCUGAACAUCGGCUCCAACCUCUGGAACGGCGGAACCGACUACGUUGUGGCUCGCAAUGUCACCCAUCCGAACUGGUACAGGCCAACAAUUAAGGAAGACAUCGGUGUUCUCAUCACCGCCAUCAACGUAGCUCUUAGCAACCUGGUGCAACCAGUACCUCUCACUUAUGACUUCAUUGUUGGAGGAGUUCCAUCUAUAGUUGCUGGUUGGGGCAGAGUCAGGGCUGAUGGUGCUAUUUCUCGUCAAUUGCUGGAACUGAGAACCAGAACUCUUGACGGUGCUGACUGCAUGAUUCACGUUGCUCGUGCUGGCAUCCUCCUGGGUUCGAGUAAUGCUCCACCCAUUGAUACUCGGUUCGAAAUCUGCGCCUUCCACUCCCCUACAUUGGGCACAUGCAAUGGUGACUCUGGCAGUGCUCUUCGUCGUGCCUCUGACGGUCAUCAAAUCGGUAUCGUAUCCUGGGGUUUCAAUUGCGCACUCGGUGCUCCUGACAUGUACGUCAGAGUCAGCACUUACCAGGAUUGGUUGAGAUCCGUCAUUUCGUACAUGCCUGACGUGCAUGCACUGUGGUGGUGGCCCGGAGCCUUUCCAACGCCCGAAGAUGUUUUUAUCGAAAAAGAUGAUGACGUUUUCACCUUCUUCGACCAAACCGAUGUCAACGCACGUAUCGUCGGUGGCUCUCCAGCAGCAAUCGGCAGCCAUCCUCACAUGGUAGCAAUGACUUUUGGAGCUGUUUUGAGGAGUUUCCUCUGCGGAGCGUCGCUGAUUAGCCAACGUACUGUCCUAACUGCUGCUCACUGCAUUGAUGCUGUUUUUAGAGACGGCGCCCUUGUAAGCACACUCCGUUUGAAUAUCGGCUCCAACUUCUGGAACGGCGGAACCGACUACAUUGUGGCUCGUAAUGUCACUCACCCAAACUGGCACAGGCCAACAGUCAAGCAAGACAUCGGUGUUCUCAUCACCGCCAUCAACGUAGCUCUUAGCAACCUGGUGCAACCAGUACCUCUCACUUAUGACUACAUUGGUGGAGGAGUGCCAUCUAUAGUGGCUGGUUGGGGCCUAGUCAGGGCUAAUAGUCAUAUUUCCAUGCAACUCCUGGAACUGAGGGUCAGCACUCUUGACGGUGCUGACUGCAUGACGCACGUUGCUCGUGUUGACCUCGUGCAGGGUACGUCUCGCUACGGUGUAGCCAUUAUCGACCCUCGGUUUGAAAUCUGCACCUACCACUCUCCUGGAUUGGGCACAUGUAAUGGUGACUCUGGCAGUGCUCUCCGUCGUGCCAUUGACGGUCAUCAAAUCGGUAUCGUAUCCUGGGGCUUCGCUUGUGCAGUCGGUGCUCCUGAUAUGUUCGUCAGAGUCAGCACUUACCAGAACUGGCUGAGAUCCGUCAUCGUUUAGGAAUACAUCUUUGUA